AAAACCCGGGCCGCAAAAACCCUAAUCGCUACGUGCUCGUCAGUCUAAAUCCCUCUCCCGGUAGUUUGGCCUCGUCGCCGCUGUGGAAGAACCUAGUCCGAGAUAUCGGACCAUGGCGCUCUACCUCCUCUUCGAAUCGGCCUCCGGCUACUCGCUCUUCCACGCCUAUGGACUCGACGAGAUCGGCCAGAACACGGAGGCCGUCCGCAACUCCGUCCUCGACCUCACUCGCUUCGGCAAGGUGGUAAAGCUCGUCGCUUUCCACCCGUUCUCCUCCGCUCUCGACGCCCUCAACCAAUGCAACGCCGUCUCGGAAGGGCUGAUGACCGAGGAGUUGAGGAACUUCUUGGAAAUGAAUCUUCCCAAGGUGAAAGAAGGAAAGAAGGCAAAAUUCAGUCUUGGGGUUGCGGAGCCGAAGGUUGGGUCGCAGAUAUUUGAGGUGACCAAGAUUCCUUGCCAGAGUAACGAGUUUGUGCUCGAGCUCCUUCGUGGCGUGCGGUUGCACUUCGAUCGGUUUAUUAAGGACUUAAAGCCUUCGGACUUGGAGAAGGCUCAGCUCGGUUUGGGGCAUAGUUAUAGCAGAGCCAAGGUGAAGUUCAAUGUCAACCGGGUGGAUAAUAUGGUCAUUCAGGCCAUUUUCCUCCUUGAUACCUUGGACAAGGAUAUUAACUCCUUCUCAAUGAGAGUCAGGGAGUGGUACUCAUGGCAUUUCCCAGAGCUAGUCAAAAUCAUCAAUGACAACUACCUGUAUGCAAGAGUUACAAAAUUUGUGGAGAACAAAUCAGACUUGUCUGAGGGCCAUAUUCCUGGUUUAGCAGACAUAGUUGGUGAUGAGGACAAAGCAAAAGAAAUUGUAGAAGCAGCUAAAGCAUCGAUGGGACAGGAUCUUUCUCCAAUUGAUUUAAUUAAUGUCCAGCAAUUUGCUCAGAGAGUCAUUAAUCUCUCUGAAUAUCGGAAGAAGCUUUAUGAGUAUCUUGUUACAAAAAUGACUGACAUUGCACCUAAUCUGGCUUCUCUUAUUGGUGAAGUUGUUGGAGCUCGUUUGAUAUCUCAUGCAGGCAGUCUUUCCAACCUGGCCAAAUGCCCUUCAUCUACUCUCCAGAUACUUGGUGCAGAGAAAGCACUUUUCAGAGCUCUUAAAACUCGAGGAAACACUCCAAAGUAUGGCCUUAUCUUUCAUUCUUCUUUUAUUGGCCGAGCAUCUGCACGAAACAAGGGUCGCAUAGCUCGCUAUCUUGCAAACAAGUGUUCCAUUGCAUCCCGUAUUGAUUGCUUCUCUGAGGUGAAUACCUCUGUUUUUGGACAAAAGCUCCGUGAGCAAGUUGAGGAGAGGUUGGACUUCUAUGACAAAGGUGUUGCACCUCGCAAGAAUGUCGAUGUGAUGAAAGUUGCCAUUGAGAGUGUACUGAGCAAUGGUUCUCAGGAGGAUGAUGAUGGGCAGCAGAAUGGUGAAAUUUCUGAAAAGAAAAGUAAGAAUAAGAAGAAAUCUAAAGGUGAGAAUGUAGCUGCUGAACCCAUGGAAGAGGAUAGACCUCCUGAGGUUGCUGCAGAUGAACAUGCCUCUAUCAAACCAGAAACCGAUAAGAAGAAGAAAAAGAAAAAGAAGCAGGAUCAAGAAGAUGAAGUGGUACUCAGUGAGGUGAAUGCUCAUGAUACAGAACAAAAUGGAACUCCCAAAAAGAAGAAAAAGAGUCGUGUGGACUUAGACAACGAAGGUGACAUCCAAACAGGGACCAGAGGAAAGAAGAAAAAGAAAAAGAAGGUGAAAGCCCAAGAUGACUAGUAAAUUUCAGGUGCAACUGGACCGACCUCAUGUUUUGUUUCUCGGCCAGCGAAUUCUCGAGCUCCACAGAUUUUUUAAGAAACAAUGCUUUCAUUUAGUACUUUUCCCUUUGGUUGUUCCAGCUUGUCCACAAUGUUACACCAUGUUGAGCUGUGAACCUGGUUUGGACUGCAUUUAGAGAAUCAGAUGUUAAUGAAGAUUUUAGAUGGUA